AUGUCAGAAAGUCAAUUCGAUGGAACUAAAUUUAGGCUAUCGCAACCCGAAUCUUUUAAUAACAAGGUAUAUUUGAAUGAAAAAUAUAAGAACUUGAAACUUCAAGGGUGGUUAAAAAAGAAAAGCCCAGCAAUUUUAAAAGGAUGGUAGAAAAGGUAAAAAGAAUAAAAUAUUUAGAUUUUUUAUGUUGAUAGAAAAUGAAGGAUAUAAGUUAGUUUAUUUUGACGAUGAUGUAAGAGUUCAUUUUUAUUCAUUAUUAGAAAACUAAUUCGAAGCCAAAAGGAGCUUUUGAAUUAUCAAAUAAUAUUUUUAUAGAAUAAGCAGGAGAGGAAGAGUUUACUAUUAGAUUUCCAGGUAGAAAUUUAGAAUUGAAAGCAAAAAGUGGAGAUGAAAGAUAGAAAUGGGUAGAAACUAUAGAGUUUUGUAAAAGUAUAGGGAAGAACUCACAGAGAAAGUAUUUGAGCGUUGAUUUGAAUGACAAUGAUCUUUCAAAAUCAAAAGGUGAUUUAUUUAGUUUAUUAUCUUAGGUUCUACACAUAAGAAAGUGGACUUAUCAACGACUCAAAUCGUUUAAAUAGAGAAAGAGAAAAUUGAAAAUUAAAGAUUCCAAAGUCAUAAGGAGAUCCAAAAAAAAUCAAUCAUUCUAUCCUCUUAGUUAGAAGAUAGUUAUAUUUUGGAGUUUCUAGGAUUAUAGUAACUAAAUUAGAAUUCAAAGUUGAAAUCUAGAACUAUAUUUGGGUCUUUGAGUAAAAGAAGUAAAACAAAGAUGAAGAUCUACAAGCAAAAAUGGUUCAUACUUAUAUCAUCUAAACCGCUUGUAUGAUAUACAUUUAAAUAAUAUAAGUUUCCAGAGAUUUAAGAAGAUGAGGAAAUAUUAUAAUAAUAAGAUAUCAAUCUUGAAUUAGAUACACUUAUUUACAUUAAUUAAAAAGUGAAUGAAAAAUUGAUUAAAAGAAAGGCUUAUAUAAAGCUUUAAAAUUGUAAGGAAAUAAUUAUAAAAAAUAUGUAAAAGUCUUCUGAUCAUGGAUUUAUAUUUAAAUUGAAUAUGGGAGAUUAAAUUUAUAGUUUAAUGGCGAAUAGUGAAAAUGAUAGAAUGAGAUGGUAACAUGCAUUAAAUGAAUCGAUGAAUACUUGUAAGGAGAUUAAUAAUAAAUUGAAUCUUAAUAUUUUAAAGAAUAUCAAUCCAAUCAUAAGAAUAUAUGAUAUGGAAUCAAGCUUGCCAAUUAGAAGACAAAAAAUCAAAGAAAAACUAUAAAGUGAUAUAGAAAGGAUUGAGUUGGAGUAAAGUAUAAAUAAUUAGAACAGAUACUUAAAUCUUUAGGAUUUGCUUUGUUAUUUAAAGUUAAUAAGUUAAGAUAUGAUAAAAUCAAUUGAAGGCUGUUUAGUAAAAGAUCCAUAAAGAUAAGAUAUAAUUCAAGAAUAUAUUGAGAUUCACCAUGAGAAAGUAUGUUAAAAUAUAAGUGAAUUUUGGAAUAUUAAUAACAAAUAUCUUAGUCUUAAUGAGAUAAAGGAACUAGUUACUUGGCUUUUUGAUUAUCAAUAACUCAUAAUUAAUUAUAUUAAGGAUGAUCGUAUUAAAUAGGGAAUCAAUACAUUAUUAUAAAUAUGUAUAAGUAGAUGGAAAACAUAAUCAGAAAAGAAGAUAGUUGCAUAAUUUGAACAGUGCUAAACAAUUAAAGCAAAAAACACAAUAAAAACUACUUGCGUUUUUGAAUUAUUUGACACAGUGUAAGAAAUAGAAAGGUUAAUUAACUUAAAAUUAAAAUCAUACCUUAAGAUUAAUGAAUUAUUUAAAAUUAUUAAGAGUGUUUUAUGGUACUAUUUAGAGUAAUUAUAUGAUUGUGUUGAGGAACAAACUGAAAAUUAGGAGUUUUUGAUUGGUGUUUGUAAUGAUGUGGAGAUUGUUAAGGAAAUAGCUAAUAAAAUAGAGUCAAUAGCUGAGAUGUUGUAAGAGAAUAAGAAAUAAGAGAAGAUUAAAUAAAAAAUAUUGUAGAAAUAUAAUGAAGUUUUAGAAUUCGUGGAGUAAUAGAUUUAUAAUUUAACAUUAAAUGAGUUAACGUAAUAAUUUUAAGUAUCUCUUCUUGAAAUAGAAAUAAGGUCAAGAAUUUUCGAAUUAUUUGAAGGAAAUGUGUAACUUAUUAAAUUAACUGAAUAAACAUAGUAGACUCUAGUAGAAAUGUUGAUUUAAACAUUGAAUUAUCAUUAUUUCAAUAUAUUUUUGAAUGAAUUAGACAAGGUUAAUAGUUAUAAGCGAAAGUAAAUAGAGUCAAAGAUUAAGUAAGAUAAAUAGGUUGUAAGUGAAUUUCUUAAAAAAUAUCAUGUUUCUAAUGCUAAGCUUGAGACUUUUGAUUUAAUGAUACAACUUUUAAAUUGUGAGAAGGAUUCAGAAUAUGUUCAAACUUUUAGAGGGUUGAAAUAUUAAUUUGGGAGAUGCUUCACUGUAAAUACAGUAAAAGUGAUUAUUGGACAUUUGAAGACAAGGAAAUCAGAAAUUAACUAGAAUAGCUUAGAUUAAUUUGAUUAAUUAAUUAAGAACAUUGAUGAUGAAUAAGAAAAUGGUGAAUCAACACAAGAUCUUAAAAGUCAAUUAAUGGAGUUUGGAUAAAAUUAAUUUGAGCCUUUAGUUUUAUAGAAAUAGGAUUCGAAUUCAAGUCGCACAUCGAGAACGAGUAUGAGUAAGAGCAAAGUGAACAUCGAGGAAUUGAUUUCUAAAUCUUAGGCUUAAUCUGUUUAAUUAGAUAAUAUGAGUAUUUCAGAAGGAUAUGUAUAUAAGAAAAAGGCCAAGCAAUAGAAAUUAGUAAAAAAGUGGGAUCAUAGAUAUGUUAGGAUCAGAAAAGGAUAUAUAUAUUGGUAUGUUGAUGAAAAAUCCUGGAAAUGCUAGAAUAAGUUGAAUGUGCAAGAUAUAUUAGAGGUUGAGGGUAAAUAGAAUAAGUAGAAUAAAUUUAUAUUGAAAAUGAAAGGUGGUAAGAUCUAUGAAUUCAAGGUGGAUACUUAAGAGGAGAGGAAUAUGUGGAUGAAUGGAAUCAUGAAUGAAAAGAGACAAUAAGAAGAUGUUUUUAAUAGUAAGAUAGAGGCUUAAUAAGUUUAAACAAGCUUAUUAAAUGUUUUGAUUAAAAAUUAUGAUGAAGAAAUAAUUACUAAUAAAAAUAAUAAUAAUAAUAAUAAUAAUAACAAAUUUAAUAAUUAAUAAAGAAAAACAACAUUAAUAAUCCAAUAAAAAGAAUACCCUUUAGAAUUAGGAUAAACAAAUUUAAAGAUUAAGAAAACAAGUAAUUGUUGGACAUCAUUUAUGGUUUGUUUAGGAUUAAGUAAAGGUUGA